GGGAAUACGUUAAGUGUGUGUACUAAGUUUUGCACCGAAAAUUUUCGGUGUGUAGGAAUAGAAAUUUGUCAAGUAAGAGAGGACUUAUUCCAGUGCCGAGUCUGCUGUGAAUGGAUGAAGAUAGAGGGGAACUACACCACAAAACAGCCCGAAUGUAAAUACCUCGAAAUGGAGUAUGAAAAAGGACAAAACCUGGUGGCGACAACAGCUAGUUUAAGUUCAGUGUUUGGUGACUUUAGUAACUAUGCCUUAUUUAAGGCUUCGAAUGCAAUAGAUGGAACAAAAAGAUGUGAAGAAGGCAAUACUACUAAUGUAGCUCACUCCAAACCGCAGAUUAAUCCCUGGCUUAAACUCAACCUUAUCAACACCAGCAUUGUUGAAAGAGUUUUGAUUUACAAUAGACAACACUGCUGUGGAGAACGACUACAUGAUGUACAGGUAGAUGUCGUAGACAAUGGAAGAAAUGUUUCAUGUGGUUUCUAUCCCGGGCCGGCCGCCAUUGGAGAUCGUAUCCUGUUUCUGUGUGAGAGGGAAACCAGAGGAAAUGGAGUUACCGUCUCUAUAUUAUCAAAAGACGGACAACCCGACACUCUUCAUGUUUGUGAAGUAGAGGUCUAUGGCCGAUCUUGAGAAAAACUUAAUAUUCACUUGGUGAUGUUGAUAAAAAACAGUUUGUACAAUUAUGUACGGUACCUGUUUUAUGCAGUGGAUUACAUUAAAAUUUAAGCGCAUUUUAACAGGUUUUUGAUUAUCAUUUAGGUAGUGCGAUUUUAAUGUUAUUAUAAAGGUCAUGAAUCCUUCU